AUGCUAUUGGCCUGGGCUAAAGCAUCUAAAGACCCUAGGAUUGCUGCAGGUCAACAGUCUCCACUGGAGAAAAAGAUAUUGAAUCUAGGUGGUGUACAUACAAAAGCAGCAAGACACUUGAUAACUCAAAAAUGGCAAGAGGAAUAUGAGACACUCUCUAGGGAGCAAGCUCUUUCUCUUGACUACUGGCUUGCCAAAGCAGAGUCCUAUUAUAAUAAAAGAAUAUUGGAAAUGAUGAAAGAAGAGAGAUGCAAGGAUAUGAAGAUGAAAAUGUUGAGGGAAACAACACAAAACAUAGAGGAACAAAAACAGAACUACUGGGUACCCGAGAGAGAGAGGAAACAAAUAGAAAGACACAUACAUCGAACAGGACAGGCCAGAGAAUUUAAGAACAAAACUUGUAAACCAAGACCCCUCAGUGAAACAGUAUUACCAAAAAUCAUGCCGGCAAAGCACGUCAUUCCAAAAGAACAGAGGAGAAAGCAGGUAAAUGAGAGGGAACAGAGACAAAUUAAAGAUCAUCAGGACCGUAUGAUUCGAGGAAGAGAAAUUAUAGAGCAAAAACUCGAGGAAAGAAUCUUGAGAAAAAGCCAGAGCCACCCACCUCCACAUGAGAAGCUUGAGAGAGUAAAGAAAGAGAUAAAAGAGUUUGAAAAAGUUAUUGCAUAUCCACUUUUCCAGCCAUGCAGAAGUCCAAUUAAAGUGAAUCUUCUUAUGGAAAAGUCUCAGAAUAGAGAGGAAGUAAGUACAGUUGUAAAACCACAUCAAAGAAAAUUCUUGGCUGUGCCACCCUUUUUGAGAAGUCAAAUGGAACAGAUGAAAAAUUAGUAAAGUUUCAAUGCAUUUGUGAUGAAAUAGUGUCUCUUAAAGGAACCAUUUUUUUUUUCUAGUUGUCUUUCCUAAGGUCAGUGAAUAGUCUCUGGAACUGGAGAAAAAAAGAUCAU